AUGGAUUGGCUACCUGAAUAUCCACCCAAUUUCAUGAAGAGAAUGCGAGAACCAUCUGAAAGAAAGUCAAAGAAGAAAACUCAGAAGCUGGGGGAACCAUCUGUAUCCAUACCACCUGUGCCUCUGGUCUCCUCCUCCUCUCCAAGUAAGUCUCAACCCUCUGAAUCUCCUACUUUAAUUUUAAGAAACGACUUUAUCAAAGAAGCUGGAGAGAGGUUACAGGCUCGUCUAACCAGAGAGGAAAAAGGGAGAGCUCGCAGAGAAGCUGAGGAAAAGGCUCACUUAGAAGAAGAAGAGAAAGCAAGAGAAGCUGCAGAAAAGCCCGCCGAUGAGGCUGCUGCUGCUGCUGAAGUUGAAGCCAAAGCCAAGGCUGACACUGAAGAAGCAACACACAUUAUUGCGGAAGAAGCUGCCAAGGCUAAGGACACUGAUCUGACACAGGGGGAGUCAUCUCACUCUGAUUUUGCUCCACUUGUGUUGAAGACUCUAGAGGAACUACAGAAAAAGCAACAGAUUAUGAGAGCCAUACUGGAUCAACAGGACUCUGUCAACUCCAACAUUCAGAAUUUGCUGACUCAGCUGUUGCAGAGGAUGCCUCCUCCUCAGAACCCUUAG